AUGAAUAAAUUUGUAACCAUAAAAACUAAAAAAACCUGUUAAAUUAAAUAAAACAUGCCAUCUCAUCAAUAUUUAAUCUUGAAAAAAUAGAACAACAAUAUUAUUUUAUAUGGAACAAAUAAUUAUUGAUAAUUCUAAUAGGUUAUACUUGAGACCUGGACAGAGACAAUUGAAGACAAUCAUCUGACCACUAUUAAAUAUUGAAAAGACCUCGGGUUUAAAAAUAGUUUAGGCAAUACCAUUAUAUUAUUCAAGGUGUAAAAAGUGGUAGAUGACAUUUAUAAAACAAGUAUUUGUCAAAUAUAUUUCUAAUAAUUAAAAAAACAAAUUAUUUUGUUUUUUUUUUAUUUUUAUUUAAAAUAGCAAAUAAAUUUACUUGAAUUUAAGCCAAUAUGGCAUCAAGAGGUAACAUGGCACAAGCACUGGGUACUGAUGGCAGUGAUUUUACUCAUAGACAAAGAGUUGCAGGACAAUAUCAAAUAAGUGCAAUGAACAAGUCAAGACUGAGAUAUUGUAUAUUUUUUCACUAUCUUCUUUUCUUUGUAAUGCUGACAAAAUUAUCAGCAGAUAUAUUAGAUCGUUUAGAUAUAUUUAUAUUAGAAAUUGAAGAACUACAAAUACCACAGCCAUUGUGGUGGGAAUAUAUAUGGUGUUCAAGUUUAUUACUAUCAUUUUUGGGUUUAUCAGCAGUUAAAGCAAAUAAUAUUAAAACACUUGAGAGAUAUAUAAUUGGAAUUAUCAUACUUGGUUUUGGACCACUUUUUUAUGCCAUUAUUUAUUAUAUAUCUGAUGUUUGGAAUUAUUUAUGGUUUGGUAAAAAUGACAAGGUGUACAUGUGGCAGGGCUGGCAUUAUGGACUUUUAUGGUACGUUUUCAUCGUUGUUGCCAUCCAGGUUCAUUCUUUUUCUCUUGUAUUCUCCUACAAACUUUUGACAGCUUGGAAAUCACGAGGAUCAAGAAAAACAGAUUAAAUUUUAAUCACGUUCCAUAAAGAUAUUGUCCAAUAAUUGGAAUUUAAGUGAAUAAUUUUUAAAAAAAAUUGACAAUACUUUUAUGAAAAAAAAAAGAAAAAAAUAAAUAUUAAAUUUUCGGGUAUAUUUUAUUUGUAUUGUUUAUUCAAAAAAAAAAAAAAAAAACAAAAC